UUUGGGAGAGGGAGAUGUCAGGCAAUGUCAGAUCAGAUAUGUCAAGUAUCAAACUGUACACCAUCGUUAUUAAUUAUUGUUACUAAUUGCUAUAUCGUCAGAAUGAUAGUGUUUGAUGUAUCAUAGUGCAAUCUUUAUUACUUAACAUGAUAUUGCCAUUCGGAUGGAGGACAUUGUCAUUAUUGUGAAAUAAACAUAUUCGAGAUCCUAUAAUUUCUUUAGAUUACAAAACACACUUACGAUUAAUUCAAUGUCGUCAUUGAUAAGCUCCUGAUACAAUAGUUGCUAGAUUUAAUCGUGUAGCGAUGAGUAGCAAGCAUAGUCCAGGAAAAAUUACACUGGGUAUGAUGAAAGGCAAACCAAUUGCCACAUCUGUCCCAGUGAUUCAUUACCGAGCUAAUGACGACGAACUGGAGGAGCUAUAUCCAAGCUCUUCCGAUGAGGAGAAACGUAUGACUUCAGAAUCUGGCAAAACAAGAUUUCCAUCAAGCCCCUCCAAAAGUAGCGAGAAUGGCCAAGGAUUGGAGAAUGGAUCGGAGAGACGUUCGACUGACGAUAAUGUGUCUGAAGGUACUCCUCCAUCUUCAGAUCCAUGGAAAGUGUUGUCCGAGAUUAAACGAAAUAUUACAAAGACAUUUGAAGAGAAACUUUCUGAGAUAAAAAGCGAUAAAAAGAAGAAAAGAUUUAACAAAGAUAAUUCCAGUAUUAGCGAUUCAGAGGAUCCAGGAGAUGUCACGCUCGAUGAGAAUGUCAAUGAAAAGCAAGAGAAGGAAUCAACUUUACCCAUUGCUCGCAAUAAAAGUACUGCUGCGAGAUUCGUCGGCUUUUCGCAAGUGAAAACUGGUUUGAAAACCAAAAACUCCCAAGACGAAAGUGUAGAGAGUGGUGUAGAAGCUGCUGAAUUUUCCGAAUCGACUCCUGAACAGCUUCUUUUUGAAUCCCAAGAAUAUUUUCGCACCAAGGAUAAGAAGGACGAUAUUACGAGUCAUAAUCUCUUUACCCAAUCAGAUGGAUGUAUUCAAAUGAAAGAAGAAAUAAAAUUUACUACAUUGCUCUCUCGUAUGAAGGAUCAUGUAUUUCAACAAUUGGCAAAGCAGUUAGCUGCACUGUUCAUCCUUAUGUUUGCUUUCUGCUUUGUGAUUCCAUUGCCUCCACACUUGAUUGGUUUCUGUAUAGGAGUAUUCACCACAAUAAUAAUACAUAAAUUAGUACAAAAGAUCAAGGAAAUUUUAGCAGCACCUUUAAAUGAAGAGCCUGCACAUGUGGUGGUUCCUGUAUUGGAAAUACCAGCAGUGGAGGAGCAUGCAGUCCAAGAGAGAUAUGAAGGAUGGUUGAAUGAGUUGCCAUAUAUUUAUGAUCCCCAUAACUAUCAUGUGGCACGCACAAAGUCUGUUUUCUUCAGUCUAGAAGGUGGAGUGCUGCGCGUUAUGGAGACUAGAAUGAAAGUACCAAAGAGAGCAGUGUGGGAUGAGCCUAAACGAAAAUUUAAAUUUAUUAGAAAACGUGUAUAUAAUCUUAUUGGUGCAAAGAUAGAAUUGUUACCAGAAGGACUCAUUCGGAGAAGGAGAUGGAGUAAGAAAUAUCCAAUUUGUAUUACAAUGGAUCCAGGAGCGUUAAUAGAAGUUUUGAACGACUGCACAGGUAUUGGAAAGGAGUCCUUUGAGGAUGAAAAGAAAACUAGUUAUGCAGAAGGAGCUAAUCAGGAAGUUGAGGAAAAUACCUUGGGCGAGGAGACAAAAAGUGAAGACGAAGACUCUAGAUUUGAAUUCCUUAAAGAUAACGAAGAAGAUGAGUUAAAAAUUGAUGAAGAUGAAGACGAUGAUGAUUUUUCGCAAUCCAAGUCCUUAAGAAGUAUUUACGAGGACUGCCGCGACAACGAAGAAGUCACCAAAUGUAGACUUUAUGUAUUCGCACGUGCCGAUCGGGAAAAGGAAGAUUGGUUUCGAAGAUUGGUAUCAGCGGCAUCUCUUUCAAGAAAACGGCACUCAACUUGUUCCAUAAACGAUUGCGCAUCUUGCGCGAAUGCAAUCUCUGUGCCGGACAUGGCCGAAGCAAAGUUGCUCGAAACGACUCCCGAAAUCACCUAUAACAGCUAUAUGAGCAAGUACCUGAACGCAGAUCCUGAGAGUUCUCCAAAGGAAGAUGAUGUUCUUUGGGUAAACUGUCUCUUGGAACGACUACUGUUCGACAUGCACAGUUGUCCAGAAACAAUUAAUCUUAUUCAGGACAAAAUACAGCGUAAACUCUCUAAUAUAAAACUUCCAUAUUUCAUGGAGAGCCUUCUCAUAACAGAAAUAGUGAUUGGACAGAAUGCUCCUAUUAUUCAUAAAAUUAGUAAGCCGGUAUUCGAUGAACGUGGAUUUUGGCUUGAUAUGAAUAUUACCUAUAAAGGUUGUGUGACCAUGACUGUAGAGACAAAGCUGAAUUUGAUGAAAUUGACGCGUGCGAGUAGUGUUUCCGGUGAGAUCGACGAGAAAUCUAUCCCUACCAGAUCACCAAUAUUCGAUAGCGAUGUAGAAGAUAGUCCAGAGACGUCCACGGAAGACGAAGAUAUCGCAAAAGUCGCAUCGUGUGUCACAUCCAAAGACGCCACACCAAUCCAAUCUUCUGGCAAGAAAUUUCUUAGCAUGGUCGAUAAGCUAGCAGCCAACAAGUAUUUCCGACAUGCUACUGAGUUAUCCUACAUACGAAGAGCAAUGGAAGGUGUUUCCAAUACAGAGAUCCGCUUCACGGUUAGCGUAUCCGGCAUCGAGGGUUGUCUUCUGGUAAAUAUUCCUCCACCACCCUCUGAUCGACUCUGGUACGGUUUUAAACCCGUGCCCAAAAUCACCCUUACUGUGCAGCCAACUCUUGGAGAAAGAACCGUCAACAUUGUAUAUGUGACCAAAUGGAUUGAGAAUAAGCUGCUCAGAGAAUUUGAAAAACUGGUAGUUCUACCAAAUAUGGAUGAUCUGGUUUUAUCAUUCUGUCCAAAUUAUCCAUUUGUCGUGGUGUAGACAACUUUUAUGUAAACCAAAAUAGUUUCCUAUUUUUACAUUACUUUUUUUUUUGUAUAUGGUUUAUAAACAUUACAUACACAUACAUCACUCGUGUAAUUGAGAAAUGGAUUUUUUCUCAUCAAUACGAUAAUUCAUCGAAAUUCAUAAGUAGAAAUCUAUGAAAAAAUUAAGAGAUUCAUAGAUGACAAUGAUGUAGUUCUUUUUAGCUCUAUUUUUACAAGAUUUUUUAAUAUUACAUUACAUUAUUUUUCUUGCAAAGAAUGUUUUAUUAAAUAUAUACAGUAUUUACAAGAAAAUGAGAAGAAUAAUUGUGAUAUAUCAUUUACUAAUGUUAUCUUUCUAUUUAUAAAAUUUAAUGAAAAAAGAGGCGGGAGAGAAAAAAAUUCAUAUUAUGAGGAAGCAUUAUUUUUAUUAGAAUAUGUAAAAAAAAAUGUAGCGAGAAGAGAGACGCACGGGAAAGCAAGACAAUUUAAUUAAUGUUUAGUUAAGUGCGAUUGUUUAAUUGUAUAAUUAAUCGCUGCAGAUUAUUUAAUUGUAUAAUUAUAUGUCACGAAACUAAUGGCCACAUUCUAGAUAAACAAUACUAAUAUUAAUGUCUAUGUGAUCAUAAUUAAUCAUUUAAUGCAGGCAGCUGAUGCAAAAUGUUUUAAAAUUAUUAUUAAAAUAUUGUGAAAUAAUUGAAUUAAUUAUAGAGAAAUUAAUCGGUUAUUGUGAUUGAAUAAAAUGAGCAAAAUUGUCAAUAUAUAUAUGAAAUACAAGCACUCACGUGGCACUAGAACUGUUGGGCCGUGAUAUUUAGGCUCGUAAUAUAAUCGAGCAAACAUAGCUUGAUCGAUAAGGUGUGUAGAAAAGGAAGUAUAUAAUGUGUUAAUAUCGCUUAUCAAAAUCGACCGCGUUUAUUUUAACCGCGGCAAAAUAUUAAUUUUCAAAAAAUAUUAAUUUUGUACAUAUGAUUGUUGAAAAGCGUAAAAUAAUCAGAUUACAACAAAUAUGUAAAUUUAAUUUUUCUUUUGCAAGAGAAAACAAAACUAAAUUUAUAUUCAAUAACUUUUUGACAAAUGCAAAAAAAUUCAUUCUCCUCCGUCUUGAUCGACUAAGUAAAGUAAACUAUAUUACUAAUUCAAUGAUACAUUAAAAGAAAACAAAAUGUAUAUAUGUAAUGUGAAUGUAUUAAUUGAAUACACGGUUUGUAUCUCGCCAGUUUGAUCUAUGAGCUGUGUUAUUUUGUUUGAUACUAUAUAAAUAUAUGUGUGUGAACAUUUGUGUAUUUGCGCGUCUCAGGGAGAAUUAUACAUAGAAUAAAUCCUGGAGUCACAAUGUGAUUUUAUUUUAUAAAAGCCACAACAAAUUUCUUAAAAAUAAGAAAACUUUUAUCAAACAUAUAAGACAUAAAUUAUAUUAGGAAGAACAUUUCAUAUGUUUAAAUAUAAAAUUAAUGCAAUAAAAAGCAAAUAUAUUUUGUAAAGAUUUUUUAAAUGAUAUUUUUCAUUAAGACUUGCACCAUUGUUGAGCUCACAUUGUGGAUCCAGAGUUAGAUCACAGAGUUAUAUUGUAACAGUUUUUGCAAAAAUAAAUUAUAUUGUAUAUUA